AUGUCUGAAACCAAAUUGGACGUUAUCCUAUUCGGAGUUACGGGUAUUUGUGGAAAAUACGGAGUGAGCUUUUUCCAUGAACUGACGACGAAAAAAGGACUUCAGAUAAAAUGGGGCGUUGCUGCAAGAAGUGAAAGUAAAAUCCGGAAAGUACUGCAAAGACUUUACGAAAAAACGAAAGAUGAGAGAGUACCCAAAAUACCGGUGUUUUUGGCAGACAUGAAGGAUACCGAGUCCAUUACAAAAAUGGUGAAGAAUACCAAAGUGUUGUUGAACUUCUGUGGACCUCUACUUGACCACGGUGAGAAUGUUAUUCGUACCUGCAUAAAUUUCGGGACUCACUACCUGGAUAUUAGUGCUGAACCCAACUUCAUCGAAAAGAUCGAACUAGAAUACGAUGAGUUAGCCAGAAAAGCCGGUGUUUAUGUGUCAAACUCAUGCGGUUACGAUUCUGUGUCCUACGAAAUGGGAAUUGUGUUUAUCCAAAGGCAGAUGAAUGGUUUAGUGAAUUCCAUAGAGACCUAUCUGAGGUAUGGCAUGGAUAGACUCGAUAUUCCUGGACCAGAUUACAACAGUUCGACUUGGCACUCUAUGAUCGAAAUACUCGGCAAGGAGGGAGAGUUAAAAGAGCUAAGAAAGCUUAGAAAAGAUGAGUGGCCAGUUCUCAAACCCAGAUUGAAGGGUAGGGUGCUUCCAUUCAAGCCUGAAAAUGAAUAUGGUUGGGCUAUUCCAUCCCCAACAGCAGAUAUUACAGUGUUGCGCAGAACUCAACAGUUUAAGUACAAAGAGAGGAACACGAGACCAAUACAAAUAGAAUCUUAUUUUGUAUUACCUUAUCUUUCGUAUGUGAUUUUAUUCAUCAUAAGUGGUGGAUUAUUGAUGCUCCUCAGCAAAGUAGAGUGGGGUAGGAAAUUAUUACACAAAUUACCCUCUGUGUUCACAGGAGGUUUGUUUUCGGAUGAGGAACCUACCGAAGAAAAGAUGGACAACGGUUGGAGUAAUCUUACUUUAGUAGGUAAAGGAUGGAAGGAUGCAAAGGACCAAUCAAAGCACCCUCCUGAUACAGAAUUAGUGGCUAGAGUGUGGGGUCAUAACACAGCAUAUAAACUAACUGGUUUGUGUUUAGUUAUGUCAGGACUUAUGUUGCUCACAGAACCUGAAAAGCUUCCCAAGAGAAAAGGAGUAUUAACGCCUGGAGUUCUUCUGUCUGAAACGUCAAUAAUAGACGACCUACACGAAAAUGGACUCAGAUUUGAGUGGAUCAAGAAUGGAGAGAUGCAGAAAAAGUCAUGCUGA